AUGAUGACAGCCCAACAGCUUCUUCUCCUGGUCUUUACGGGCCUGGUCAGUGCCCAGCAGCAAGCCCUUAUGGAUUACCUAGAACGGAGACUACUGGCCAUUGAGGACCGCAUUUCCUUGUGGCAUGAGCAGACUAGCCGCUAUGCCUCUGAGUUGCGGGAGUUCAAACAGCAGAUUGUGUCCCAGCUUGAAGGCCUGGACAAAAAUAAAGAGGCCCUGCGGAGUGAAUUGGAAACAGUGGGCACACGGGUGGACCGGGUGGAACGGGAGAUGGACUACCUAGAGACCCAGAAUGGAGCACAACCCUGUGUUGAUGUGGAUGACAAACUGGUGGAGCAGCAGGUAACAGUCAUCAAGGAGAGGAACAAAGCCAAGUACUCCAAACUCACAGAUUGCAAAGAUAUGAUCUCCAGCAUCAAAGCAAUGAAGAUACUCAAACGUGUUGGUGGCCCCAAGGGCAUGUGGACCAAAGACUUGGGCAGUGGUUCAGGCAAGGCCUACGUCUUUAAUGGCACAGGGGAGGACACGCUAUAUGAGUUUCGCUCUGUGCGUGAUUUCACCACCUCCCAGGGGACCAGUGGGGCCACAGCCAUUAAACUACCUCACUCCUGGAAAGGAAUGGGCCAUGCUGUCUACAACAAUCACCUGUACUAUGUAGAGAAAGGUGAGGAGCUAAAAGUAGUUAAGUUUGAUCUACAAAAAGGUUCUGUGGUGGAUAGCGCUGUGUUCCCUGCCGAAAACCAACUGCCGGUUUAUGACCUGAAUCCUGAGACCUACAUCGACCUGGCUGUUGAUGAAGAGGGUCUUUGGGCCAUUUAUGCUACACAGGAGAGUGAGAAGCAUGUUUCACUUGCCAAGAUAGAUCCCAAAACUUUGGAUAUUGAGCAGAUGUGGGACACACCAUGCCUGAGGGAGAACGCUGAGGCAGCCUUCGUCAUCUGUGGGACUGUGUAUGUGGUUUACAACUCCAAACUGCCCAGUCGCUCUCGCAUCCAGUGUGUCUUUGAUGUGAGUGACAUGGUAACCAAUGACGAUGUUCCAGUGGUCUACUUCCCCAAACGCUAUGGCGCCCAUUCAAGUCUCAAAUAUAGCCCCUUGGAGCAACUGCUUUAUGCUUGGGAUGAUGGUUAUCAGAUCCUCUACAAGCUCCUCAUGAAAAAGAAGCUGGAGGUUUAG